CAAAGACACCUGCUCGGCAGAGACACCUGGGAAAGAGCGUUGUCCAGGACAUGGAGAGAUAAGGUACGAAGCUUACUACCUUCUGCUGGAUAUCCUCGUACAUUGGACGGGCCUCAGGAAAAAAUGUGUUCGCAUUCGUAACACUACCUGCGCAUCCUGCCGAAUUAUCCUCCUGCCCUGCAUUGGCUUCAUUAAAAUCCCCCUGGCAUUUCCGCAUCUUGGCAUAUCAGCAAUUCACAAGCUGACAAGCUAGGGAAUCAAGCCUUUUCAUCCAGCAUGCAUUCCCAUGAGCACACGCCAGGUCCUUCUGGCCACAACGCAUCCAGCCAGCACAAUGUUGUACCAAACCUCGAUCCGGCUCUAGAUACCUCUCGAGAACAUCGCCACCCGCAUCUGCAUCACGAUGCCUUUGCCGUGCAGGGACGCGAGGAAAACGUCGCAUAUACUGCAGGAACGACUUUUGAAAAGAGCGCAAUCCCAGAUGCAAGCCCGCGCGAUCACGGUUUGCACCAGCAGCAUGUCUCAGACGAAAAGGCUGCUGAAAUGAGUGAUGCGGAACGAGGGGAGGCUAUCAGCCCAAUUCGCACCGGAGAAACGCUUACCCAUCAACGUUAUACGUUGGCGAGUCUGUACCGCCGAUAUGCGAUUUUUGUACACCUUUUUAUUUGGCUUGGCUUCACCGGAUGGUGGAUCGCGGGGUUAAUUCUUCACCGUUAUGACAUCGGCUGGAUUAAACCCUUUCUGCUAUGGCUCGCCAUCACGCUUCGUCUAAUCUUUUUCCACGUCCCCAUCACCAUUGUGUCGAGACCAAUGCGUUGGGUUUGGCAUCAAACGGGAAUCCGCUUCGUGUCCUACUUGCCUGAAAAGUCAAGGACGCCCCUUGCGGCUCUUCUGGUGGUUGCCGUGAUCCUAAUUGGAUCUUUUGUUACCGAAGAGACGGCGGACAAUACCCGAGCCAACCGGGCCGUAAGCCUGUUUGGCAUUGUUGUAUUCUUGACUUUGCUGUGGGCCACGUCAAGGAACCGGAAGAAGAUUGUAUGGCAUACUGUGAUAACGGGAAUGCUCUUUCAGUUCAUCAUUGCCCUCUUCGUGCUGCGAACCAAGGCCGGAUACGACAUCUUCAGCUUCGUUUCUGAAUUGGCCAGGGAUCUCCUUGGUUUUGCGGAUCAAGGAACCACAUUUUUGACAGCCGAUUACGUCCCGGAGCUGGGAUGGUUCUUGGUCUCGGUCAUUCCCGCCAUCAUUUUCUUCGUCUCCUUUGUUCAGCUGCUGUUCUACUGGGGCGUGCUGCAAUGGUGCAUUGGAAAAUGUGCCAUUUUCUUCCACUGGUCCAUGCGCGUGUCAGGUGCUGAGGCGCUGGUCGCCGCCGCGUCGCCAUUCAUUGGCCAAGGAGAAUCAGCCAUGCUGAUCAAGCCUUUUGUGGCGCAUCUCACCAAGGCCGAGAUUCACCAGGUCAUGACGUCCGGUUUUGCUACCAUUGCCGGUAGUGUCUUAGUUGCCUACAUCAAGAAGGGUGUCAAUGGGCAGGCUUUAAUCUCAUCCUGCGUGAUGAGUAUCCCGGCAAGCUUAGCCGUGAGUAAGCUGCGGUACCCCGAGGACGAAGAAACCCUCACCAGUGGUCGAUGUGUCAUCCCAGAUGAUGACGAGCAUCGCGCAGUGAAUGUGCUCCACGCUUUCACGAACGGCGCCUGGCUGGGUAUCAAGAUUGCGGCCAUGAUGGUAACCAAUCUUCUCUGCAUCAUUGCCCUGGUUCAUCUCGUCGAUGCUCUUCUCACGUGGUGGGGCCACUAUUUGAACAUUAACCACCCGACCUUGACCAUUGAAACUCUUCUCGGAUACGUAUGCUAUCCUAUUGCCUUUCUUCUUGGUGUUCCCCGCCAAAAUGGAGAUUUGCUCAAAGUUGGACGGCUCAUUGGCGAGAAGAUUGUUCUCAAUGAAUUUAUCGCCUAUACCGACCUGCUGAAGACGGAUUUGGCCCCUCGCUCUCGCCUGAUUGUCACUUAUGCGCUCUGCGGAUUUGCCAACCUCGGCUCUUUGGGAACCCAAAUCGGUGUCCUCUCGCAGGUCGCCCCCGGCCGCAGCGGUGACAUUUCGCGAGUCGCUGUGUCUGCUUUGUUUUCUGGCGUGCUCUCGACUUUUAUCAGUGCCAGCAUUGCCGGUCUGCUUGUCACUGAUCAGGCCGCCUUUACUUCGUCCUCCGCGCCGUCAUAAACCAUAAGUGGAUAUUUGCAACUACGGCAUCAUUUUCUUCUGUUAGCAUACUGCUUUUUGGUGUAUCGGUCUGGCUUGUUUUCUCUUUGUACGUCUGCCUAUGAGCGGCUACAACAUGUUUGGUGUUAAGGUGCCGGGUUUUGGAAUAGCAUUUUUGAAGAGUCAAACUAUUUCUUGCUCUCCCCUCUGGGCCUCGAAAUAGUCUUGUUGUCAUUCUUUUACAUUUUUGCAUGAUAUGAAUGCUUGGCGUCUAAAAUAGCAGAUUUUUUAUCGUCAUGUACAUUGCAUCUUUUCAUCACAUUUUUAUACAUUCAUUGUACUGCAUAUCCAGCAUAGCAUCUUUUGCUUUAUCAUCUCUUGGCAUUUACAGCCUAGACAAGAUUAGAAAUCAAUCCAAUUAGACAC